UAAGCAUUAUGAAGAAAAAAUACAAGUUAUAAUGAUGCAUGGGCAUCUUUCUCAAUUAUUUCAAAAGUUGAUGGAGAAAAAUUAAGUACGUUGAAUGCUAGGAGCUGCAUCGUCUGUCUUUAGAAUAAAUGGCCUUCAUAUCACUCUCUCUCUCUCUCUAAAUUUUUCCCAUUAACACACAGAGAGAGAAACACGAGGUUGAAGAAAGGAGAAAGAGAUGGCGACUAACAGCUGCAUUGGUAUGCUUAUGGACGAAAGUGACAACCCAGGAUUUUUCAAAGUUCUUAGAAAGGAAGAUCUAUCAUCUCAAACCAUGAUCUUGUUCUUGUUAUAUGUCCAAAAGAGAGAGAUCCCUCAAGACUUCUUGAAAAGCAUCUCAGCCAAGGAGUUCUCGUUUAAGAUGGUCUUAAAGCUGCCAUGGGGAAGCUCAUGGAGAAUCAACCUCUCAAAAUACCAAAGCUUCUUCUACUACAUGGAGAAAGACGGAUGGGACCAGUUUUUGAGCGACAAUGGUUUAGGUGAUGACGAGCUUCUCACGUUCACGCACAAGGGUAACAUGUGUUUUAACGUAAGCAUUUACCAAAUAAAUUGCUUGGAGAUGCUUAGACCCAACAGAUCUGCAACCAUUGCUUCUUCUUCAAGUCGAAACAAGAGAGAAGAAGUGAGCAAUGGGAAGGAGGAAGAGAGAGAGUCAUUGUCUGCAUCAAACUAUCCUGUCUCAGAAACAGCUGAGUCUACCGUAGGAGGAAGAUUGAAACAGAAACGUCAGCUUAUUAACUUGGGGAAGAAGCAAGUUAAGAAGGCUGAAAAAGCAAACAAGUGUAAGAAGAGGAAGAUGGAUACUGACUCUGACGACUCUGAAGAUGGCACUUCGUCUCUUGCUCCAGAGUUCACACUCACCAUAAAGAAAUCAUACGUCCUGUUCUUGGGAGUUCCAAAGAGGUUUGCGGAGAUGCAUAUGCCAAAGGAGGAAACGGUGUUCAAGAUUCAUGAUCGGAAAGGGAAGAAGUCAUGGGAGGUUACGUAUGUGGUCUCUAAGAUACAGUCAAGAUUCUCUCGUGGAUGGCCUCGUUUGGUUAAAGAUUUUGGUUUAGAGGUCGGUGAUGUAUGCACCUUCGAGCUCAUGAAACCGACCGAAAUGAUUCUCACCGUCUCCAAAUAAGAGACUCCAUGUAGUUGAGAUGGUCUUAGUUAAUGUGUUACAAACCAAACCUUUAUGUUGUCUUGUCUGACAGUGGUGAUGUAGUUGAGAUGAUCUUUGUUACUUCAUGUUUUGUUAUCCGGUUUGCAAUCACAAUUAAUCUUAACCGAGAAGUUUAAUUUCGGUUUGGUCUGGUUCAUGAUUUAUUCUCUUCUAGGCCACACUUAAACCAGUAUACAUUUCAAUUUAAUCCGAUUAACAACAUUCACAUCCCAACACAGAGAACCGAUUGGAGCUCCUAAACUGAGAGUGGUGGCUCUUAUCGCCGGCGAUAAAAACGUCCUGAGGAUGUCUUCAAUUCAUAAAAAAAACAUCAUUAGAAGUCAACCUGCACCAUCAUUCAUCAUGCACAAAACUACUAAUAAUUCAGAUUAUGCAGCUCUAUUAA